AUGGCGGGAAAUGAUAUUCUAGGGUUUAUAGAAUGGGCGAGGAAGGAGCUCGAGGAGUACCGGCGGCGGCACGACGAUGGCGCAGCGGUGCCCGGAUGGGCGUGGAUGAUGUCGCGCGUCUUUUCGUGCUGCCAAGCUCAUCCCCGCGUGGUCACGGAAGGGAUUCUUCUCGCGGAGCUCUUCCAGGCCUGGGGCGAGAGGGAGCGCGGCAGAGGCAGAGGGAGGCUUGCGGAGAAUCACCCCGUGAUGCAAAUGAAGAGGACGAGGAGGGCGCGGUAUCAGCAUUUGGCAAAUGCUGUGACUGUCGACUCGAUUCUGGAGAAGAAGUUUGUUUCUCUGGAUGCCGUGAUGGAGGUCGUUGUUCUGGACAUCCACGUCUUGCCUGGGAGCAAUAGCUAUCUUCUUACGCUUGGAGAUCUUUCCAGCGGGAACACAGUCGACCACUAUCUGCACCGAAAAUUUUUUGACAUGGUACAUGAUGAGGAGGGAACUAUUAAGAGAGGUCGAGAUCUACGCAUGACAGGUUGUAGGCUGAGAGUUGGAGAUGGAUCGUGUGCUCCGCGUCUUUUACCCACAGAGCACCUAGUAGUCCUACUUGACGAGGACCAAGAACACGAUGCAAUGCUGCUCGGCGAGCAGUUUCUCUCUGACACUUUCCCGUCUAUACAACGUGGAGCUGCCGGAGAUUACCAUAUUUAUGCCAAACUGGAAAAGUCCAUGGAGACUGAGACGAACGGCGACAGAAGAUGGAAAACAAUCUUACUUGUUGAUAGUGAGGGAAUCACGGUGCCAUUCGUCCUGUGGAAUGACCAGGUUCCUAUCGCCACUUUGCUAAGUGACGGAAGCAUGUUGGCCCUUGAACGACCCUUUGUAAACUGUGACACAAUGGAGAUAAGCCUGGAGUCUGGAACAUGCACUCGGAUCUAUUGUGUGCCGCCCUGUCUUCAACUCGAGCAAGAGGUGACAGUAGCGUCUGAUCACGAAACAUGUCUUGGAUCGGAAGUGCUAAUUCCACGCAACCCACACGGUGCUGUUGAUCUCAACCAUUUCCCCGCUCGUGACUUGAGACCAAAGAUGUUCAACCUUGCAGUUUAUGGUACAGCAGCGUUUGUUGGUUGUCAGAUUUCAUCUGCCAAGCAACCAUCUAUACUGUCUAUUAACGACGACACGGGAAUUAUCGAGAUUGAGCUUCAGUUCAUGCUGGAGAGCUGGUCUUUUGGCGAGGUUUAUUCCGGACAACUUGUGUUUAUAUCCGGCCUUGCUACUUAUACAGAUACUGGUGAAAGGCUGAAAUGUUCUUGGACCGAGAGCACGGAAGGAGCAUCUUUCGUGAAGGUUUCCCAUCUCACUGCAGUCAUCUCUUCCCCGUGUCUUCACAGCAUUGUUCCUGUCUCUCGAUGGUCUAGCUAUGGCCAGGUAGGAGAGAUUCCUUUUAAGCUCUCUAUUUGACCUGAGAAGAUGAUGUCGUAAGGCUCGAAAGAGUGGAGCUCCAGCUUCAUAAAAUACACGGUGCUUGUGGUCGGCGUGUGACGGA